AUGUCUGUGACUCUUGAUAACAUUCAAUUUUACCAUGGCCCAUCUAAGCCCAGGACUCAACCUUAUUUUGCUUUCGACAGCAAGCGGAACACGUCUGGUACCCCACUGUCGGCUCGGCCACCCGAGUUUGCAAACGACUCGACCCUUUCGGCGAUAGACCACUGCGAACCCCUUUCUUCAAUCCUUCAUCCAGAUAAUAUCAUAGGCCAAGAAACACUUCAGCCACCAAAUAUAUUUGAUAUUGAGAUGAGUAGGAUGUGGGAAACGGUGCCGACAUCCGAAGAUUCUUAUGAGAGCGGUGCCUCUUUUGCACAAACGCUUGGCUGUCAUCUCCAAGAGCUGUCAAGCAAAGGGACGUCGGGAAUUUCGGCAUCGCGUGCUUUACGUGAAACGAUUGAAUUCGACAGUUCAGGCUUAGUUCCAAGGUCCCAUUCAUUUUGCAACAGACCAUCGUCAUCCCCUGCUUUGAAAAUUACGGAGUCCUCUUCACCAAGAAUAGUGGAUUCGUCUUCUAUUAGUUCGUUUGCGCUAGAAGACACCCAGCAGCAAGAAGACCAUCGCCCACGUGCGACCGCCGAAUCUUCCAGCCCAGCCAAUAUCGAGGAAAUUUCCAACAUCUCUAGUACAUUUCGUGAACACUUUUCAAGCCAUCCGUUCUCUUGCACCUCAUCCUGCCAAGGUCCCGCCUCCAGGGCAACAAACGGGAGAAGCCUAUCCUUCCCUUUGCCGGAUGAUAACCCUGGUGGCCGUCAGGUAGGCCACACCGGAUUAGAGUCGGAUUCCUGUCCUACGAGCGUUGCUGUGGCAGAUAGUCCCAGGCCAGCCAAUACACUCCAUGUCAACACACCAGAUUUGACCAACGUGGAACAAGCCACCAACUGUGGUCAUGAUAUUUCUCAAUCAAGAGCAGCUAGUGGCAUUCCUCCAAUCCGCAGGAAAAGAAGAGAAUACAAACAGCCUUCUACUAGCAGACAAUAUACUGCACCUGAAGACCGACGUAUGUCUGUCGCUGUCGCUGUGGUGAUACCCCCGCCACGCCCACACCAUUUGCGCGGUAUGCGUUCGAGCGCAAAACCUGUUUUGUCGGAUGCCGACCACAGCGACAACAGCAAAAGCUUCGAUGAUACCUCGGACGAAGUCUUCACAAAUGAGUCAAUUGAAUCAGAAUUCUCGGAAUUUGAAGACCACCAAGGUUCUGUGGAGGCAGACGAUCACUCAAAUAUGGCCGCUUCGUGUCAUGCUAACGACAUGUCCCUGAAUUCCUCGACCAGCCAUCGCGGGUGUAAAGAUAUUAUGGGGCGGGCAAUCCUCACCAUGGAAACCCUGGGGCUUGAGCCCACUUACUUUUUCACCUUUAUGCCCGACAACAUCCGCUCGAUGCCAUAUAAGCCUGUCCAAAGUUCUCCUCGUGACUCCGAGAGACCGGCUAGAAUUGGAAAGAUCCAAGUAAGCAGAGGUAGUUCCCACGACAAAAGGAAACGCCGGCCAUAUUCAACCGACGAAGACCGUUUACUCGUGAAGCUGAAGGAAGAAAAGAAGUUGGCGUGGGGGGGGAGAUCACGAGUCACAUUCCUGGUCGCAAAUCAUUCAUUACAGUACGUCAAUGAGGCCUACCAAGAGUAG